AUGGUAGCGGUUGCCAGCUGCGGUCCCUGUAUAUAUAUAACCCUCCUUAAGCCGGAGAGCCUCCUCCUUCGCAGUUGGGUCUCAUGCUCAUGUCUGCGAAUACAGCUAUCUCUCGGUGGUACGGUGAGCUCGUUGAGCAGGACGCAACUAUAUCGACACUAUUUGUGCACGAGUACCAAUACGUGCGCUCUGUGUGGAUUAUUGCACUUACUGUUGUUCUCUACGAUUAUCGUGAGUUCUUGUCAGCUACCUUACAUCGUUGGCUUUGCAAUUGCUCUUGGGAGGCUUUAUGCUGCCUUCAACUGUGAUAGACGAUUCUUGAUCAUUGUGGGGACAUAUUUCGGCCUUCAACUCGCAUGGAUGCUCGCGUUGUAUGCCGUAUUCGCUGCCAACUUUCAAGUCAUUGAGCUGCCGCAGACUUGGACGGGAUGUAUGCCAUCGCGUCCAGGGGCAUAUGAAUGGAUGAUGUGGAUUCCAGCCGUCAGCACCGAAGGUGCCCUGCUUGCUAUCCUACUGAUCAAAGGAACACAAAUUGUUCACCAGGGCAUCCGCCCUCCUCGAGCAUUGUUUGUCAUACUGCGUGACACGCUUCUUUAUCUUGCGCUUAUCAUUGGCUUGAUCCUGGUGAGUACCCCUUGGACAGAAGGAUUGGAAACCAUCUCCGCGACCUUCCCUCCGAUGUGGGUCGCAUUGGUGUCCACCAGCGGUUGCCGAAUGCUGCUCAACAUCCAUCAGGUUAUGGAAUCAAAUAGAUCGCCACAUUCUAUCAACUCCAUUACAAUUCAUCUCAGCAGCUUACAGUUCGCGAGCAGCGAGUCUGUCCACGAUGCUCAAUGA